AUGGGGCUCAUUAAAUGCCUUCCUAUGAUCGAGUGCCACGUGGCGCUGUUGACAUCAUCGCACGACCGCCGCCUUACGCCCGACGCGAUGUUCACCGGCGACCUUCACACUACCCUCGAAGAUGAGAACGAGGAGGAGGUGCCAAAGAAUGGGGAGGAUUUCGAUUUUGACGGAGCCGUGGUGGAGAAGGCAGCCGGCGCGAUCGGGGUCAAAUUAGGGUUCCAUGGGAAGGGACAGGGAGAGGGAUUGGGUGAUCGAACUCAUUGUUCUCUGGCUCCUUCCUCAACGCCAACGACCAGUCGGACGCGGUCGCGAAGGUGGGCCGAAUCUACUCCCGCGGCCUCCUGCCUCAGCUCAUCUCCUUCACCCUUUAUUACCCAAUGCGACGAUUCCUAUAGGCUCAAAACAUCAUCAACCCCAUGGCCGUCAUCGACGUCGCCGUCCUCCUCUUCCAUAUCCUCAUCUCCUAGCUUGCCGUCUUUGUCCUUGACUUCGACCUCCUCGGCGCCUCCAUCACUCUCAGCAUCCCUUGGUGGGUGCUCGUCCUCUCCACUUGGCUCUACAUCAUCCUCAUCCCUUCCUACAGGACCACCUGGACUGACCUCUCUAUUAAGGUCUUCACCGACAUCUGGCUCUUUUUCAAACUCACUGUUUCAUCAACCAUCAUGCUCGUGUAAGUCAACCCUCCAACUUUCUCCCCCUCUCUUCCUCUUCCCCCUCGCUCAAACUCACAUUCAUCAUAGCUUGGAGAUUUGGCACAUCCAAGGUUUCGUGCUGAUCACAGGCUACCUCCUAAAUCCAGAAAUCUCACUCAAUGUCAUAUCUAUCUGUGCAAAUUAUUGGAAUUGGGACUUCAUGAUCAUGCUCGGCUUGAGCAAUGCCGCAAGUGUGAGGAUAGGGAAUGAGUUGGGGGCUGCUCAUCCUCGAGUCGCUAAGUUUGCAGUCCUUGUUAUGGUGACGACCAACUUGAUCCUUAGCUUGAUCAUCAGUGUGUUGGUCCUCAUACUGCACACGCUCUUGCGCAAGCUCUACACCAGCAAUCAUUAAUCUAACUCCUCUACUUUCCAUCUCCAUUUUCUUGAAUGGAGGUUUGCCAAUUCUGUCUAGUACAACAUUGAUCUAAAAUUCUAUAAUUAUUUUUUUUAAUGGACGACUAGCUUCAAGUGUUCACGAGGAUGGAUGAUGUAGGAGUUGCUAUUGGAAGUGGGUGGCAAGGCAUAGUGGCUUAUGUAAAUGUGGGUGCAUAUUACCUGAUUGGACUUCCCAUCGACAUUGUUUUUAGAUUCAAGUAGUUUAGCUACUACUGUAAGUGAAAACUAAGAUUUAAAUUACUCUUUUGAUCUGUUUUGAUUUAGGAAAAAUAUUAAACAAUUGUUUUUGAUGCUGCUGUGGCUCAAGGAAUAUGGUGGGGAUUGAUCAUUGGAGUCUUUGUUCAAACGAUCUCUCUCAUCGUCUUAAUUGUCAGGACAAACUGAAACAGAGAAGUUCUCAAACUGUUGCUCACUCAUGAAACACUUUUUUUUCAUAAAAAAAUAUCAAAAUUUUCAUUUCUGAAAAUGGUGAUAGAAUUUUUUCCCUCUUUUAGCCUAAUGAAAUAGGACAUAUGAGAAUGACCUCUGUUUGCAAGUGGACAAAGCGAUCAAACGCUUGAAGCAUACUGUUGAUGAAGAUACUUUAGCGAUAGUCGAGGACAUCAAGUGACUAGUCAGCAAAAUUCUUUACACACCUACAAGGUAGAAAAUCUGCAAAAGCUUGGUGAAGAUGAAGAAUAUGCUCGAAUUAUGGCAAGACUAGAAGAAC